AUGCGCAUGGCUCGUGAGGCAAAACAUAAGCUUGCCUUGAUUGAUGGUUCCAUUCCUAAACCAAAUGUUGCUUCUCCUAACCUCCAUCAAUGGACUCAAUGCAAUAGCAUGAUCCUCUUAUGGCUCGUCAAUGCCCUUGCUACUGACAUUGGUCACAGUGUUUUAUAUGCAUCCACAGCUCGUGAUUCCUCAAGUCGCUCAAUCUCUGAUAAUUCCGGACAGUCUCUGAUUUUUAGUUUCCUCACUGCGCUUCCUAAUCUCACCGUCCUUUCCCUCAGCAGCAAUUACUUUUCUGGCGGUGUACCCAGCGGAUUUGAAGGUCUAGAAGUUCUCGAUCUGUUGUCCAACCAAAUCAACGGAUCAUUGCCUGCAUAUUUUGGAGGAGAUAAACUCCGUUACUUGAACCUCUCUUACAAUAGGCUCUCCAGAGCUAUCCCAACGGACUUUGCAAAGAAAAUCCCUACCAUUGCUACUCUCGACCUCACCUGCAACAAUCUAACCGGAGAAGUCCCGGAAUCUAGAACUUACAAUGAUCAGAAGACAGAGUCAUUUGCCGGGAACCCUGAUCUAUGUGGGAAACUCCUUAACAAACCAUGUUCCAUUCCUUCUUCUUCGGUCUCUACUCCUCCAAAUGUCACUGAUGCCACAUGGCAAUUGCAGUGA